AUGAUUUCCUUCACUCUCUCAAUUCUCACAGCAUUUGAAGUCGUCACAUUCCUCAGCAACGUUAUUCUCGAUGGGCCCCUGGGCUUGGAGUGGUUUCCAGACUUAUAUCCUAAUUAUCGCAGGCUGAACCUGUUUCCAGAGGAGCCUUUCCAGGAGGACGUGGCGAUCACGGUGAAGACAACAAAGGGUGGUUUCUCAGAAGGAAAGCAAGCUCCUCUCUCAGAAAGGCACCUGAUGGACGUAAAGCUGGGGGAAUUGCCCACAUGGCUGGCCACGUGCAACUUUUCUCCCAAGAGCUUGCUUGGAGGCGUGCAGAAAGCAUGGAACAGCUACUGUAACAAAUACAUCAACGUGAAGAGGGGUGGAACAGCUGGGAUUUCAAUGCUCCUGACUGGAUACUGCAUCCUCAGCUAUGGCUGGAACUAUGAGCACAUAAAGCGUAGUUGCUGGCGUAAGUACCACUGAAGAAGCUGGAACAGCACCCAAGGAACAGUUGCAAAGAUUUGACCGGGAUUCAGCACUAGGGCUUAGGACUGGCAUCCCAGCAGGAAUUCAAAAUGAGGCCCAUUUUCCAUCAGAGACAAGCUGUUAAAUCUCUGAUGCUGGAGGGAACGCUUUUCAAUUAUCCUCCUGCAAAUAGAGGGGUAACACUGACAAUAACAGUCUGCAUUUGCACAUCUGGGAGUUAGUACCCGAACAGCAAGAAGUGGUAGGGCCGUCCCUCAGAGAUCUAGAGGGGGAAGAGUUCCUGUAGUCUGCAGAAACCUCAGUCUCACUGGACAUCCUUGGGACAGGAUAGCUCUCGACCUGGGCUGUUGAUAUAAACUUUAAUUCUACACUUAUGUUGUAGUGCAAGUAUUCAGCAGUAAGGUUUGUAAUUGAUCCUGGGGAAGAGCAGUUCGGGCAAAACAACAUUCCCUUUCUUCAAGUUAGGUGGGCUGUGCUGUAGCUCUUACUUACCCUCUCCGCAGUAGGCAAGACAGUGUUUGCUACCAGUUCAUCACUAGAUAAUGGUGGUCCCUGCAGAGCCAUUCAGCAGAGGGGCCACAGCCCCUGCUUUGCUAACAGCCUCACACUGAUGGGGCUCCCAGACUCUCCAGGGCAGCUACAGGAAGUACCUCUGUGAAGGCAUUAAAGCAGCAGCAUUCACAAUGCAGUGCCCUAUUUCUGGAGGAAGAAAAUCCAUUGGAUUAGCUAUUGUGCCCAGAGGGCAAACCAACAUCUGCACCAGACAAAUGAGGACAGUUAUGAGACUGCCGGUUUUAGCCUGCCAUCACCAGUUGUAUCUUGAAAAGGAGUGCUGAGGUUACAGGCACAAAGGGUUAAAAAAGCACCAAGGAAAAAAAAUCUAAACUCUUUAUUCUAAGUGAGGUGCAACAAUAUUGUGUCAGAGGUGUUUCAUCAAGAACUCCUCCUUGCCAGCAAUAAAGCUCUUGUGAAUUUUCCUUUUCUA